AUGGCCAACAACCAUGCCUCUCUCCUCCUCCUCCUCCUCCUCCUCCUCCUCCUCCUCCUAUCGUUUGGCAGCUCCCUCCAUUCCCGUCUCAUCCUCAGGCCUCGGACGCCCGAUCCCGUCUCCAACGAAGUCGACUCGGUCGACGGCCAGCGAGGCGACGGCACUCCCUGCGUGCGCCUUCCGCGGUCCUCCGCUGGCUCGUCUUGCAACCAGACGUACGGAUUCAUGCCCUGCACCACCGCGUGGCCCGGCAGCCUGUACCUGAUCGUCGUGUACGGGUACAAAAUGUUCCUGGCGGCCACGUACCUGUCCAAGGGCAGGGAGCUGUUGCUGGAGAUCCUGGGGCCCGGCAUCGUCGGCGGCCUCUUCCUCCCCAUGCUCGGCGCGCUGCCCGACGCCAUGCUCAUUCUCGUGUCCGCACUUUCUGGACGCACAGAGACUGCUCAAAGGCAAGUUUCUGUCGGAAUGGGCUUAUUAGCUGGAUCAACUGCCAUGCUCCUUACAGUUAUAUGGGGAUCUUGCAUUAUUGUUGGGAAGUGUGAUCUUCAUAAUUCAGUUGCAUUGGACCAACAAGAUACAAAAGGAUUUAGCUUGAAAGGUUCUGGUGUCAGUACAGAUUUGUUGACAGGUUGUGCAGCAAGGAUUAUGGUCUUUUCAGGGAUACCCUUCAUUAUUGUUCUAUUGCCUCAAAUUCUCAACUCGACGUCAGGGAGGCACUUGGCUGUCUUAAUUUCACUGAUUGUCUCUCUGAUACUAUUGAUUGCGUAUUGUAUCUAUCAGGUUGGCCAUCCUUGGAUACUGAAUCGGCGACUUGCUUUUGUGGAAGACAAGCAUGUCUUUUUUUAUUUCUUAAGACACCUACGGAUGCAUGCCCUGGGGAGGCUUCUUACAGAUGAUGGCGAACUCAAUACGGAUGUUGUGGGGAAGCUUUUCAGGACAUUGGAUGAAAAUUGCGAUGGAUAUCUAAGUGCUGCAGAACUUAAAGCACUGAUAGUAGGAAUCCGAUUUGAAGAAAUAGAUUUAAAUGAGGACAAUGCUGUAAAUAAAUUCAUGAAAGACUUUGACUACUCAAAUGAUUGCCAUCUGGAAUUUUCAAAGUUUGUGAAUGGUAUUUCUGUAUGGGUUAAGAAGGCUAGGAGUUCAGGCGCUGCUUCUGGAAUAAAAAACUUAGGUAUAAUGAAGUUUCUAGACGGCUUGUGCCAUCAAACUAGACAGGAGCAUGCUCAAUCUGGGGAUCAAACUGAUGAGGUCACUGAAAGUGUUGGGAAUACUAAAUUGAUCACCUUAAAAGCAGUGUUACUACUGGUCCUUGGAACAAUCACUGCAGGGGUGUUCGCUCACCCUCUUGUAGAUGCAGUUGACAAUUUCUCAGAUGCCACCGGUAUUCCAACUUUCUUCAUCUCUUUUAUUGCUCUUCCCUUGGCUACCAACUCCAAUGAAGCCGUUUCAGCAAUUAUAUUUGCAAGUAGGAAAAAGCAAAGAACAGCUUCGCUUACUUUCUCUGAGCUAUAUGGGGCAGAAACCUUGAGAAAUCUCCUUUGCCUGUCGGUUUUCUUGGCUAUUGUUUACGUCAGAGGAUUGACAUGGGAUUUCUUGUCCGAAGUGCUAGUUAUUCUCAUCAUUUGCUUUGUGAUGGGAACCUUUGCCAGCUUCCACACCACCUUCCCCUUGUGGACAUUCUCACUGGCCUUUCUUCUUUAUCCUUUUUCCUUGGCACUGGUUUAUGUCUUGGAUUAUAUUUUGGGCUGGCCAUAGA